GUCAAACAGGGCGAGUGAAAGAAUUUUGUAAAUCACAAGAAUAAAAUUGCCGCAAUUUUCGUAAUUUAAGUUUUCUACUAUAAUUAAGCAGUUAUUAUUACCAUAAUCGCAUGGAAGGGGACAUUCCAGCUGAAAAUAAAAGCAUAACAUGCUUCAAACUUCCUGAUCUGUUCAUUUUAGACAAGCAAGAGACUAAGAAGUUCUUCAGUCAAUAUGGAAGUAUUAAAUCAUUUAUUUUGAAACCAAAACGUGCUGAAUGCACGAUAGAAUAUCAUUUUGUUGAGGAUGCAAUGAAGGCAUUAAAUGCAGAUGUUGAUUUUGAUGUUGUUCCAACAAAGCCAGAGUACUUAAAAGUGAGUGAUGACUAUAUAGAUCCAGAUGUUCAGACAGAACUUCAGGCAAUGCUUCCAUCUAGCAUGAAAACAUCUAAACCAAGCGUUGAGAGUUUAAUGAAACAUCCAUUCAAGUCAAAGAUGUUCCUCCAAUCACCAAAACAUAAAACUGAGCCUAUAUCAGUAGCUGUUCACAGCGAUCCACGAUUAAUACAGAAUGCAAAAAUGGAAUUAGACAAUUUGACACGGAAACCAGCAGUUACAGCUGAAGAAAAAUUUGCAAUUCUGGACGUUAGAGACAAAUUGUACAGAGUCAUCAAUGCAAAACCAUCAGAUAUAAAGAGUGUAACAAGCACAAGAGGAACUUGCAAAGAUAUGUGUCCUGAAAAAGAGAGAUUAAUGCGUGUAGCAAGACUUCAAGUAGCUUCAUUUGAAUUAAAUGAUGAGACUAACACAAUGGAUCCCAAUAAAGCAAUUAAACAAUAUUCAAGAAGUUCAGCUGAUCAAGAAAUUCCAUUGCCACAUGAGUUACGAUCUGAGGAAGUGCUUAAAACUACAAUGACAUAUUUACUGCAUAAUAUUAUUAAUCUUUGUGACGAUGAGGAUGUUUCUGUUGGAGAUUGGUAUCAUUUUGUAUGGGAUAGAACUAGAGGAAUUAGAAAGGAUAUAACUCAACAAGAAUUGUGCUCAUUAACGACUGUAGAAUUAUUAGAACAAUGUGCGAGGUUCCAUAUUCAUUGUUCUGCACGUUUAAUUGCUGAAGAUCCAGGAAUUUUUUCUGAGAAAAUUAACGACGAGAAUUUAACAAAAUCCCUGCAAACGUUAAAGUACAUGUACGAUGAUCUAAAGGCUAAGAACAUAAAAUGUCCGAAUGAAGCUGAAUUCCGAGCCUACGUCGUUCUUUUAAAUUUAAAUGAAUCCGGAAACUUUUUAUGGGAAAUUAAGAGACUUGAAAAGGAUAUUUUGAACUCACAGGAAGUGAGAUUUGCUCUGGAUGUCUACUUUGCUGUUGCUCUAAACAACUAUGUUAAAUUCUUCAAUCUUGUAAGGGAAGCAUCAUAUAUGAAUAGCUGUAUAUUACUUAAAUAUUUCACACAAAUUCGAUUGAGAGCAAUUUUCACAAUUAUGCGUGCAUAUACACAAAGGAGAGGCGCUAAAAUCUCAUUCAAUCUGUCAUACCUAACAGAAAUAUUAAAUUUUGAGAAUUAUGAAUCAACUGCCAAUUUUAUGAGCUAUUAUGGAGGACUUUGUGAACUUGAUGCUGACAUAGUGAAUUUAGAUCCAGGAACAUUCGCAAAUGUCACAGUACCUUAUCAAAUGGAACGAGCAUUAGAGACAGUUGAAUGUAAAUUGGAUGGGACAAUAGCUGAAGCAAUUUGUGGCGGAGACUUACCAUCGCCUAGUUGCUUUCUUAAAAUCAAACCACACAGUAGUUUUGACGAUAUUGGAUAUUUGAAAAAGGAAGCAUAUUAUGCUGAAGACCAGAAUGGCACAUCAAUAAAUAAAGAUAGUCUUUUUAAAGUCCCAAAAGAAUCACCUCCUGUGUCUCCAGCUGCUAAACUUUGGAAUUCAGGAAGUGUUCAGCAGAAAAAUGUUUUUAAAAAUGACCAAAUCGAUUCUGGGAUUUUCGGAACUGUUCCUUUCACAAAAACAGCUAAAUCCACAAAUUAUGACAAUCCAUUUGGAAUAGCUAACAUCCCUAAACCAAAAGCGAAUGUCUUUAAUUCACCAAAUAUAUUUGGAACAGAAUUUACAAAUACUCCGAACACAAACAUGAAAAUUUCAAAUAUUUUUGGAACCUCUUCAGGUAAAAAUAUAGAUAUGUUCAAGACUACUUCAGCUGAAACAGUCAAGAUUCCAACAAUUGAUCCAUACAUGUUCGCUAAGCCAAUAGCUAUGGAGGAAUCACCCAGAUCAACAACAAGCGGAUCACCAUACAGUACAAACUCAAAUUCUUCAAGUGGAUUAACUUCAGACCAAGAAGCAGUCAUUAGAGAUGACAAGCAUAGAAUCGAAGCUGAACGAAUUCGAAAGGAAAAUGAAGUCGCAGAAAUGAUAUUAAGGAAGAAACUAGCUGAAAAGGCUAAACAUGAACAUGAAAAGCGUGAAGCACAUGAAAGAAUGGAAAGGCAAAAGAGACAAGAGGAGGAACGACGCAAGCGAGAAAUCGAAAAACAAAAGCAGAAUAAACUACAAGAAGAUGCAGAAAAGAUCUUAAAUUCCUUACUGGAUGAACUUGUGACAUCAAAAGUAAAAACAGAAGCGACAAUGGCUGACAUCCUUUAUGUCAAAAUUCCAAAUGACUUUUAUGAUGCAAUGGAAUUUGACAUUGUUGUGGAAGAGCUUAUUCAAAUCUCAAGACAGGAACUUUUAUGCUAUUACAAUUCAACAAAAAGGAAGUACGACGCAUUAUAUAGGAACUUUGAUCAUUGGAGAAAAAUUUCAUUUAAGGAAAAGCAGCGACGUGAAAAAUUGUCAAAUAUUGGAUGUACAUCCUUAAAUAAGUCGCUAGAAGAUCAUGCAAACUCAAUCCUUCAUCCACAACAGAAUGCAACACUAUCAAAUAUGAAGCAGUAUCUAACUGGAAGUCCACAACAAGUCAUUGUACCAAAUUUAGACACUUAUAAUCCAAUUAAUUUGUUUACUGACUUGGAUAUUCCUUUGAAGAAGCUGCCUAGCAAGUUAUUUUGGAAAAUAGUUGUUUCGAUUCCACUAAAGAAUGAGGAAAAAUCAGUUGGAUUUUCGUGCUUCAUCAAAAAGUAUUUAAAGAAGAUUUUUAAUGCUCAUGAGGAUGGAAAUAUCUUUCUACUUAAGCACAGUGUCGUCCAUCAUUCAAAAGUAUCAAUUUGUGUAAGGAAAAUUCAAGGUAUUGAAUGCCUCGAUGAACAAAUGGAAAGGCAAUCAAAUGUCAUUGAAAACACAAAUAGUCUCGUCUUUUUUUGUACGACAGCAAAUCUGAAUGAGUCACGAAGACGACUAAAUAAUAUUCUCGAUAAAGUCAAUAAUUCCGUGUCAGUCAGCAUAAUCAUCUAUAAGAAUGUUAUUGAAAGUACCGACGAGAUUAUGAUACAGAAAUAUUUCGACUUGUCAAUGGAACCGAAAGUGAAGAAUUUCGAGGUAAAUUUAUUUUAUGAGUGUCGAGAAAAGUCGAAGGAUUUGAGGCAGGUGCUGAUUGAAGGCUGUCAAUUUUUGUAUGAUAAUUACUCACAGCAGCUUAGUACGGAAUAUUCGGAUUUAUAUGAUUUGGAAAUGCAGCAUUUACUGGACUUUUUCCAAUUCUAUUUUGGUGAUGAAAUGUGGCAUAAAAUUGAAUUUUCAUGUCGAGACAGUAAGGACUUUAGCAACAGAAUGUCUUCAUUUAAUAAUGUCAUUCAAAUCUACAAUUCAUGCAUUGAUACAAUUAUUGGAAUUAUUUCUACAAAUUACAAGAACUUGCCGACAUUACCAGAAGAAUUUAGAACAUCACUGCCAAAUAUGGAAGUUCGUAUUCCUCAUAGCUUUGAGUAUUUCCCAGCGAAUUGGAAGCAACUGCUACAACAGAAAAGUUUAAUCUCAUUUUUGCAUGAUUUGAAGUUAAUUAAAAUGCAAAAUGACAAGUUUAAAAAUUUUAAGGAUUUUCAAGAGAAAUUACUAAAAUUUUUGGAUAUAAAUAUAUCGUCGACUUUCAAAAUGCAAGUUUAUCAUGCUGUUCUGGAUAAAAUUGUCCAAAAUUUCUAUUUAAUGCAAUUAAAAUCAAGUGAAAAGAUUGACAAUGCAAUUGAUAAAAUGCGAUGGCUGAAAAUUUUCGAGUCAAUUGUUGUUGGAAAGUUUAAUGAAGUUUAUCAACAGAAGCACUCAAACUUGCCUAAAUUUAUAAUCUACUCGAAAAAGGACAUGCAAAAUUAUAUGAUUCCUUGGUGGUAUUUAAUCGGCUUGACUGUCACGGAUGAGAAUCAAAAUGAACCGUCAAACAAAAAGCCAAAACUCAUGCAAAAAAUCGAUAAAAAUGAGAUGCAGUCAGUUCUUAAAAAAGGAUUGGAUUCACUUAAAAAAGCUACUGACAUUGUCAACAACUCUCGAGAAAAUACAACAAAGACUAGAGUUGAAUCGAAAUCUUUCGAUCAAUAUUUAAAUAAAUGCGAAGAACAAUUUCGUGGAAUGAAGCGCUCACUUCAAUCUAUGCAGGAUAAAUUCAAGGAUAAUAAGUAAUUGAUAACAAGAAUUUUAUGAUUUUAUUUUUUUUUUAAAAAAAUUGUUUGCAAAAAAAAUACAGAAU